AUUUUUUUUAAUUUCAUGGAUGAGGAGUUAAAUACCACAUAUGUAACUCUAGAUGGAUACAUUGAAGUUAACAAGUACAGAUAUGUUUAUUUUUGUAUUAUCUUUACAUUAUACAUUAUAAUAAUAUGCAGUAAUUCUACCAUCGUUUACGUGAUCUGGAUUCAUAAAAACCUUCAUGAGCCUAUGUACAUUUUCAUUGCAGCUUUGCUACUGAACUGUCUCCUUUACAGCACAAAUAUUUAUCCAAAACUUCUGAUUGACUUUUUAUCUGAAAAACAAGUCACAACAUAUUCAGCCUGUCUCUUUCAGUUUUUUAUGUUUUACACUUUAGGCAGUUCAGAGUUCUUUCUCUUGGCAGCCAUGGCCUAUGACAGAUAUGCGGCUAUUUGUAAACCUCUUGAAUAUCCAACUAUCAUGAACAAAACCACUGUGAGCAUUUUCCUGGUCGUAUCCUGGCUUAUACCUGCUUGUCAUGUUGCUGUCCAAGCAACAGAGAGUGCUGAAGCAACACUGUGUAACUUUAAUUUAAAGGGAAUAUUUUGUAACAACGCAGUUUACACUCUUCAGUGUAAAAGAUCAAGAUUAAUUACCGUCUUUGGUGUGGUUGCAUUACUAGAUCUUGUAAUACUUCCUAUGAUCUUCAUAGUUUUCACAUACACAAUAAUAUUUAUUGUUUCUUAUCAAAGUUGUAAAGAAAUUAGGAAGAAAGCUGCAGAAACCUGUUUACCCCAUCUGUUAGUUUUAAUCAGUAUUUCCUGUUUAAGUAUCUAUGAUGUAGGCAUAGCUCGAGUGGAAUCAGAUUUUCCCAAAAUUGCUCGAUUACUAAUGACAUUACAAAUAGUGCUCUAUCAUCCAUUGUUUAAUCCAUUCAUUUAUGGGCUCAAAAUGAAGGAAAUUUCUAAACAGCUAAAAAGAUUCUUUGUCAUGCCAGAAUCAUUACGUGUAUUAACUAUGAAAGCUAAUGUGCCGUAA